CAUAUUUCUGUCAAACAAGUUGCUGCUCAACAAGCACGUUACUAACCAUGUAUUUUGUUUACGUUGAAGUCAACUUUGAUGAUGCAUACGAGCUUAGCUUUCGUGAAAGACGAGCCGUUAACCGUUGUGUCCAACAAAAAAACACCUUUAACCUUUGCGCCCUCGUGAUACUUUUCAGUCAUCAAUUUAAGUGCUUAAUUCGCUCUAGUUUUAACAAUUGUCAACCGAUUUUAACCAAACUUGCAAAUAAUCGGGAAUUCAUUCAAGUUUCUUAGGCUGUAUAUGUUGGUCAGGUCAGAUAACCGGUUCCGGAUUUAUAUGAAAAUUCCAUUGGGUUUGUCCGAGGGUCAUUUAUGCUAUUUUCAUUAAUUUUUCAACGUCUAGCUUUAAGUCUGCUAUUAGGUGAUAUGAAUAAAAAUCAAACUCGAGCUUACUUUGCUAAAACUAACAUGUUGACGUUGUUUUUGAGCAUUUACUUAAAUUGGUAUGAUAAAAAAAUCUCACGAGUAAAAACUUUUCGAACAUCAAACAUCUAUCAAAUUGGUAUGAAUAAAAGUUCAAAAUUUGAGCAUAUGCUCAAAACAUGUUGAGCAUGGCAUUCAGCGUGCUCAGGUAGCAUUUACUUUUUAAAUGUGAAUUGUGACUGUAAUCAAAAUGUAUUCGUUAAAUUUUCUGCCACUUCCACUUCCAUUAAUUGCUGGAAUAAACAAUUGGGAAUGUGAUCCCAUCCGUGCUGUGAAAAUUUACACAUCUCGACGUUUCGGGGAUGACAGAAAUUUUAAAGAUUUGUAUAGAUUUUCUCGACAAAACGUGGACCGUUUGGUAGAACUUUUUUUGGCCGAUUAUGAUGAAACGCGAGGAGGUGCUUUAAGCAAUACACACAAAAUGAAGUGUUUUUUGAGAUACGUUGGUGACCCAGGUUUUCAGGGAAUUGGCGAGGACCUCGGUGUUCACCAAACAACAGUUUGUAAAACUGUAUGGAAUGUAUGUCAAGCAAUCGUAGGCAAGGCUCACGAAUGGAUAAAGUUCCCUUUAAACAUUGCUGAUUUAGAACAGGAUAAGAAAAUUUGGCAAUCAAAAUAUUCGUUUCCUAGCGCAAUAGGAGCAAUUGAUUGUACUCAUAUAUUGAUCAAAAGUCCACAUUCCUUUAAAGAUGAAUUCAUCAACCGCAAAGGUUUAUAUUCCUUCAACGUGCAAGCAACAUGCAAUGCGAGCGAAUUAUUUACCAGUGUUGAUUGUAGAUGGGCUGGAUCGGUACAUGAUGCACGCAUAUGGCGCAACUCAGAUAUUUACAAUACAAUCCAUGAAAACGAAAGUGGAGCAAUUUUAUUAGGCGACGAGGCGUACCCAUUAACCCCAUGGCUUAUGACACCAUACAGAAACCCAGUUUCUGAUCCGCAUAAGAAAUACAACAUACUUCACACGAAGGAGCGAGUUAUAAUUGAGCGCUUAUUUGGUCAAGUUAAACAAAGAUUUCCUAUUCUUCAAUCCAAGAUUCGAAUUAAAACAGAUCGAGUUCCAUCAAUGAUUAUUGCAUGCUUCGUACUACACAACGUAGCUAAAAUCCUAAAUGAUGGUGACUUCGAAGUGCCAGAAGGAUCUACAACAAGCAUUCCUGUUCCAGUUCUUCUAGACAGAAAUGUAACUGUGACUAUGCGAGGUAAAAAUCGUCGAGAUGCUAUAGCGGCCUUCGUUGACAACAACAAUCUAUUGCGAAUAAGAUGAAU